AUGAUUUUCAUAGGUAAUCGAUCACGAUUUUACGCUUUCCCUCGCUCCAAAAUAAAGUGUGUAGCUGUGGCCAUUCUCUAAUUUCUCUCCGCUGUUAAUCAACUUCGUUGAACAUUCGAGAAAUAGACAAGUGAACUCAACAGUCUGAAGUCACAAUUGACGAAGGUUCAAAUAAACGCGUGCGCAAUCGCAAUGUCGCAGUAAAACAGCAAUCAAGCGAUUGAUAAUUGUCGAGUUCGAUGCUGUCGCGCGAAAUCUGAUGCGCCGGUUUUCGAUUUGUGUUCUAAGAAUUUUAGUCGAUGACAUGUUUCUUUCUGCAAUACGUCGGAUAUCAAAAGUCUAACAAUCGUUUCCUCUAGACGCUACAUAAAUUCUACGACUCGCUAGACGCCGUAGUUUUAGGUUAAAAUACAUGUUGAUUUGUUGAUACGUAAGUCGUCCGUCAGGCCAUUGUCAAAGUAUAUUUAUUCUUGUCUGUUUCUGUUUUACAAUACAAUUUUGUGACUAUAUAUAUAUACAUAUAUUUGUAAAAAGAUGUGCGAUAACGUCUCAAUGUGAUUUUUAAUGUCAUCAUGAGUAAAAUGUGUGAACCCACAACUAUCAAGACUAAAAGUUUAGAAAACUAUCAACAAACUUCGAAGGUACAUGAUUGGAACACAAGCGAGUCCCUUCCAAGGAAGUUGUACUAUUUGGCAAAGACCAUAUUGUAGAAGUCACAUUGAAAGAAAAGGUUAAAAGUCAGAAACAUAUCUCGCCUGUUGCAAAUUUUAGUCCUGCACAGAAAGCUGAGAAGAAAAUGCCUAUAUCUAAGGAUAAUAAAACUCCAAAAAAUUGGGGUAAUGUCUUUAGAAAACAGAAUCUAGAAUAUAUUACAAAAGAAAAAUCUCCCAAGCGUAAUGAAGAAGCAAAAAAAAACAUAAAUUCUAAAAAGCCACAGAAAAGUACAGUCAGACAUUCUGUGAAAUCAGGUCAGAAACAUUUGACAUCAUUACCAUGCUCAUGUUCAUCGAUUCUUGUUCGGGAUUCUGCUGUACAAUGUUCUGGAAUAUUUAAUUUCAAUAAAUUUGCUGAAUUCAAUCCAGUACAUAUGUUAUAUUUAGUAAAACAGUUAAAAGAUUUAGUUAAUAAGAAGGAUAAAAGAACUUGUGAAAUCUUUACUGAAAUGGAACAAAUAUUGCAGAAAAUACCGGAUCAAGAAACUGAAGUAGAAUCCAAUGCAAUUCCAUUAAAGGAACCUAACAAAAAGAAGGCCAUGCCGUAUGAGUCAUUCAUAUUACAAGAACAAGAAAAAUUGAAAAGUGAAAUUCUAAAGCGAGAUGAACGGCUGAAGGAAGUUGAUAAAAAAUACUCAGAGCUAGCAUUUCAUGCUAAGACGCUUGCUCAACAAUUGGAGGAAAUAACUCAGAAAAAAAACGAUAUAAUAUCAGUGCUAAGGCAAGAAAAUGAAAGCAAUGAAAGCAAAAUUAUAGAUUUAAAGGCAGAUCUAAAAGAGCAAACAGAACUUGCACAAAAAAAUUUCAUUGACAAUAAAUAUUUAACAAUGGAACUAGAUAAGCUUAUAACAUUAUCUUCUUAUAAAGAUGCACAAAUUAUUAAUUAUCAAAAUACAAUAAAAGGAUUACAAAAUCAGAUUGCAAGACAAUUAAAAACCAUAAAUGAAAUACGUAAAGAAGGAAGCACAAGUCCUCAGACAUCGUUAAUCCACACAGGACACGCAUGUUCAUCUCCUACCUCAAGUUUUUCUGAAGACUCCGGUAAAUCUUGGCGCGAUUUAUCAAAUAUUUCUUCAGUAGAUUCCGUUCAUGAAGAAAAUAUUAUUUUAAACGAAAAUGCGCCCAGUAAAGAUUUUGAAUUUGUUAGUUUACUUGAGGGGGAAUCGUCACAUUCUGUAUUGACAGAUCAAAAUGAAGUUACGAACGAUAAAGGAAUCAUAAUGCAAAAUAAUACUGUUCCUUACCAAAGUAUGAACACGAAGAAUGUGAUGGCAAAAAAAUCUUUCCAUCAUUCAAAGACGAGUCACAAUAAAGAAAAUGACAUAUACAAAACAAGAAAGUUUACAAAACUUAAGGAAAAACAAAAUGAUAACACCAAAAAUUUGUUUCUUAAUGCAUCAAAAAUUCUGGAAAACAUUACCUCCACCAAAUUAAUAGUUUCUGGCAUAAAAAAGCAAGACGAUACGCAAAAUAGAAAACCUGUUAGUGUACCCAGUCCAUUACGGGAGUAUCCACAUCCUCCUGAUUGGAGCGACAGUAGUUUACCUAGCAUUAGUACAGUCUCGAACUUGGACUUGGUACCCUCAAACGAUGUUUAAAAAAACUAUAUGCUUAAAGUUGAGUGAUGGCUACCAAUGAAUUCUCAAACACCCCAUGUAAGAAUUAUAGACCCAAUUGACUGAAUAUGUAUAUAAUUUUACAUUUGCAGAACUGUGAUAAACUGAUAAUGCAAAUUUUACUUGAAUAAUGAAAUCUACGAACGAUAGCGCGAUACACAUUACUAUUAGAUAAGAUUGAUAAUCAUGAUUUUUUUUAGAUGUUUGCAUGUUGCGCGUGAUUUGCACAUACAUUCUUAUUAAAGUAAAAUUGUAAUACUUAUAUAUUUUACACAAAUAUUGCAAGUUUCAUGUUGCUUUAUAUUGUUUAACACUAAGAUAUAAAUUUAAAUUGUAAAACUCAAAUUGUAAAAAUAGAAGUCAAAAAUAUUUAUUCUGUAAUAUUUAUUCUGUAAAUAUAUAAAACUUUUUAUUUGCAAAUUCGCUUGUAGUUCUCAUGGUAUCAAGAUUUUGACAUAUAACCUGUAUACGAAUUAACUAUGCAUAUAAUAUGUUUCAACAUAUACAUUUGCUUUACGGAGAACAGGUCACGAAUAUAAAUUUUACGCACACAAGAGAACAAGAUGUAUAUAUAUAGAUAUAUAUAUAUUUUUUUAUCACAUAUGUAUAUAUACAAGUAAAGUAUAAUACUUAUAAUAUUUUGUAAGUCUUAAUAGGAUUAAAAGGGAACAUUUUAAUACACGUAAAACAUUCAUCAGCUUUGCAUGAAGACGUCUUGAAAUACAUUUUAUAUUCGUGUUUUCCAGUAAGCGUGUGGUAUGUACCUUUUCUUCUGUAAACAUUCGAUUUUUUUUCUCUUUCUCGAUGGCUAAUCGAGAAACUUCUAACGGCUAAUAACAUUACGAACACAGUCUCAAUGAUUCGACGCGCGUAAAAUAAGUAACGAUAAUCAUCGAAACGAAAAAGACUGUCUUCGCAUUUUCUUCUUAUUUCUUUUUUUUUUAUCAUUCAGAUGAGAGAGUGUGAUGAAAACGGAUGAGAUAAUGUUCAAAAAGUCUUUAUUUUAUUAGUGCUCUCUCACAAGGGAAUUUUCCUCGAUUUAUUUCUUUUUUUUCUUUCUACAUUUUGUUACAUAAUACACCUAAGGACGUACCGUGGGUCAGUUUUAUAAAAUAGUUAAUCACAUGUGUUUCGCAAACAGUCGUUCAAUUUUGAUUAUUAAUUUCAGGCUCGACUCGACGCGUCAUUAGCCCAAUUCUCUUUUUCGUUCUCCCACAUUUCGUAGAGAUUCGAAUCCUCCCUUUCUUACAGUUUCAGAAGGCAAUGUCCCAAUUUGGCGACGUCCUGUUCCGCGCUUGAAGAAAAUUCCGUCGCGAUUUGGCGAAUCGAGGAUAUCGAAGUUCCCUUCUUUUGGAUACGUAUACUUUCACGUACAAGUAAGUACGGCUCUCUUUAUUAUUAGUGGCAUAUUAAUAAAAAAAAAAAAUAAAUGUGGGCUUUGUUUGAUUUGUUCGUGUAUUCGCCAUACAAUGUUAAACCCCGUAUAUGUAUCAAAAGUCACGCGCAUUUUUGCCUCCGAUAAAUUUUUCAUGAAUAAUUGACCGAAACCCUUUGCGUCCUCGACGUAAGAUCUGUGGACUUGCCUUAAAUUGUACUUCCAGCCUAAAAUUACAUCAAUAUAACGAAAUUCACUAAUUGAUCGAAAAAUUUCAUAAAACUUUAGAUUUGGAGAAUUUAUAAUCGUACAAAAAUUGCGUGACUUCUGAUACA